AUGGAAGAGCAAAAUGCAAGAUCAACAAGUUGUGAGGCACCGUGGUACCAUAGGUUGUCUUGGAGCAACCCAUCAAAUCCUUGCGGUGGAUUUGAUAUUGCAACUGACGAAACCGCUCGUUUAAUCCCGCCGCCUUACGUUGUCAAUUUUCUUCAAAAUAUCGACAGCAAUCAAAAUUAUCGCACGUGCAGAUGGGAGCAAUAUUCUCAGCAAGAUGCAGCAGAUUGUCAUCUGAUGAUCGAGCAACUGAAUGAAAAAGAAGAUGAGAAGCCUUUGAACAAACCUGAAGAUUUAUUAUUCGAAAAUAAUCAAGAUCGUCGUGUGACGACAAACACAGGGACAAUGUUUCGCACUUGGGAGAUGCCUCAUUUGCAGAAUAUAGACCUCGAGUAUGAGAGCAAAUAUCAAUUUUGGCAGGAUUCGCAACAUAAUGAGAAUCAUGCGAAUUCGUUGUUUGGAGAAAAUACACGUUCGCACCAACGAGAACGAGGUAAUCCGCGAAAAGAGAGAACUGCGUUUACAAAGCAACAGAUCCGUCAUCUUGAAUGUGAAUUCGCACAUAGUAAUUAUUUGACACGUUUGCGCCGCUAUGAAAUUGCUGUAGCAUUGGAUUUAACGGAACGUCAGGUAAAAGUGUGGUUUCAGAAUAGACGUAUGAAAUGGAAACGAACGAAAGGAAACACGGCGAACAUACAGGAAGCAACCACUGUAUCGUGA